AUGCGAACUUACUUUCUGCCUGACGGAAUCGAUUCGGCGGUUCACUGGUUACUCCUCCCAGUGAUGAAGAACGUUAGAACAAUUGUGACAGACCUUUAUUGGAUUGGAGAUUAUUGGAAAAAGGAUUCAAGAAGACUGGCGGUUUUGAAUAAAUUGAAGGAAGAACCUAAUUUGAAAUAUAUAGUCUUAACUAGAGGUGAAAACCAUGAAAAUCAAGCUGUUAAUGCUGAAUUAAUCCAAGAAUUUCAAUCUCAAGGAGUUCAAUGUCAUAUCACUCAUCACUUGACAGCUUUAGAAGUUUUGGAACUGGAUUAUAAACUCAAUGGACCAAUGAAUUAA